AUGCAUGGUGGAUCUUCUCGAUUGAGUAGGGUUACUCGAAGAAACACAUCGUUUCGUCAAAAGCAUGCCGAUGGAGGAAAAUGUAGUCAUUUGGGGAUCCUUACUGAGCGGAUGCAAGAUACACCACACCAUGACACCCAAUUGGUAGAGCAUGUUCUAAAGAAGCUCUUGAAAUUAGAGCUCCAGAAUGUGGGGAACUAUGUCCGGUUGUCGAACAUAUAUUCGGCAAGCCACAAGUUUGACGAUGCCGAAAAUGUGAGGUUGCUGAUGAGCGAGAGGCUUUUAAAACUACGAAGGUGCAAUUGGAUCAAAGUGAAGGUGUUGUCCGCGAGUUUCUCAUGGGCGACACAUGUAUCCGUUAUUGGAAGCUAUUUACUCCAAGCUUUCCAACUGGACAAGGAUUUUGAAGCAGCGUCAUAUGUUCCCACGACGAAGUAUGUGUUGUUUGUUAUUGAAGAGGAGGAUCUACAUUUCCUCUGA